AUGCCCGAGCUGCCAGCCUCGGCGGCGGAGCCGCGCGACCUUCCGCGCUCGGCCCCUGUUGCUCUGGCGCCCCCCGAGCCCGCCGCGCCUGCAGUGCCUGCAGCCCCUGCUUCUAACGAGCGCCACGAGUGGAUGGUCUCGGAGACUUUCGGCUCGCGGCAGCUGCCAGCUGGCUUCAACGCCGUCGCGCAGACCGUCUUCAGGCGAGUGGGCGACGCGUUCAAGCAGGAGUUCGACGCUACGUCCUCCCAUCUACCCUCUUACCAUCCCCCUUCAUCCUCGACCCACUUCCUGCCUCAUGCCCGAGAGGAUGCCAGUGGCUUCGCGCGCUCCAUCGCCUCGGAGCUGCAGGGCCAGGUCGGCCAGCUGCUCGACUUGAGCAACAGUGACAGCGACGCCAUGGGCACCCUCUGCAAGAGCCCCGUCGACGCUGGGCCGGCCGACCCGGAGAUGGGGCGCCUCGACGUCUACGCGGAGGAACUUGAAGCGAGCGAUUUCAAGUUCUCGCUGGCCGGGCGCGACAUCGCGGCCAAUCGCUGGAAGCGCCGCAUCAAGAAGGGAGCGGACAGGGCAGCGUUCAACGGGAAGGACCAAGCUGGCAAGGACCAGAUGAAGAAAGACUUCGCCAAGGGCGAGUACGACAAUCACGUCGAGGAGAAGAAGAUCGUCGAGAAGAAGAAGAAGAAGAAGGAGAGUUGA